AUGGAGAGUAAUAAGGACGAGGCUCUCCGCUGCCUCUCUAUCGCUCAAAAGCACUACGACUCCGGUAAUCUUCAAUCAGCACGCAAGUUUUGCCAAAAAUCAAAGGCUCUCUUCGAAACUUCCCAGGCCGACAAGUUACUAGCCGCCAUCGACAGUGCUGCUGCUUCUUCUUCAUCUUCUACUUCCACAGCCAAGUCACAGGCAGAGGAACAUCCCUCUGCUGCCGGGAUGAAGCACCGCAGUGCUCAGAGUGCAAACACUAAUGGAACUGCUGGUGGGAUGGGAGGCGAGAAGCGGGAAUAUACCCACGAGCAACAUACGGUAGUCAAGAGGGUACGCGCUUGCAAGGUUACCGAGUACUAUGAGAUCCUGGCGGUAUCGAAGGACUGUGACGAAGCUGAUAUUAAGAAGGCUUACAGGAAGCUGGCACUAGCUCUCCAUCCUGAUAAGAAUGGGGCUCCUGGCGCAGACGAAGCUUUUAAAUUGGUUUCAAAAGCUUUCCAAGUGCUGUCAGAUUCACAAAAACGUGCUAUAUAUGACCGUAGUGGGUCUGAUCCAGAGGAUCGAUCUGGUGGCAUGCGCUCGAGGUCGUCAGGCUUCGCUACAUCACCGUUUGGUAACGGUGAUGGCGAAUUGAGUCCGGAGGACUUGUUUAAUAUGUUCUUUGGCGGAGGAGGGGGUGGUGGAUUUGGAGGUGGGCCGGCAGUCUUCACGACGUCAUUCGGUAACGGUGGUUUCCGGACGCACACCUUCAGAACCACCCCACGGCAAGCGAACAAUCGUGCCGACACAGAACCGCGAUCAGUGCUUAUCCAACUUCUGCCGUUGCUCCUUCUCUUUGGAUUUUCCCUACUCUCCGCCCUUCCAAAUCUGUUCUCAACACCGCCCGUGCCGGACCCACGGUUUUCGUUCACGGGUACUCCGAGAUACAAUGCUAAAAUGGAGACGGGAGGUCUUGGGGUUCCGUACUAUGUUAACCCUGGCGAAUUCUCCUCUCAUCCGAUGAUCGGAGCGGAAUUGGCCAAGGACGGUAGAGGAAGGGGCAAGAAGAGAGGGUCUGCGCUCGCCAAAUUCGAAGAUGGUGUGGACCGGAUAUACACUCAAGACCUGUAUGCUCAAUGUCAACACGGUGUGAAUCGGAAGGAGCGGCUGAAAGAGGCGGAGGUUGGUAUCUUUGGUAUAGGCACGGACUGGAAAAAAGUAGAAGAGAUAGAGAAGGAGGUGGUACCAAGCUGCGAGGAGCUCAGGCGACUAGGUGUC